AUGUGAGACUAGUCUAGAGAAAUGAAAGCAAGCAGCUCUUGUGGGUGGCACUUGGGACAACCUUCCUGAAGCACAGCAGCUCCCCUUUACAGGGACCUGACACCCCAGAGGCUGAGCUGAGAAGGCUACAAGGCUGCAGAGGAACUGGAGAAGAAACAAACAAAGCCAUGAUAUUUCAAUGGAAAUGUCAGAGUUCUCCAAGCAGUUUAUGCAAGAUCUUCACAUUGUGGAUCUGGGCAGUGCUUUGUUGUGAUUUCCUGGCACAUCAUGGGACUGACUGUUGGACUUAUCAUUAUUCUGAAAAUCCCAUGCAGUGGGAAAAGGCUAGGAUGUUCUGUCAAGCAAAUUACACGGAUUUAGUUGCCAUCCAAAACAAAGGAGAGAUUGAGUACCUGGAGAAGACUCUGCCCUUCAGCCGCACUUACUACUGGAUAGGGAUCCGGAAGACAGGAAAUACUUGGACGUGGGUGGGAACCAACAAGUCCCUCACCAAGGAAGCGGAGAACUGGGGGGCUGGGGAACCCAACAACAAGAAGUCCAAGGAGGACUGCGUAGAGAUCUACAUCAAGAGGUCCAAAGACUCGGGGAAGUGGAAUGAUGACGCCUGCCACAAACGCAAGACAGCCCUGUGCUACACAGCUUCUUGCAUGCCCAGCUCAUGCAGUGGCCAUGGAGAAUGUGUGGAAGUCAUCAAUAAUUACACUUGCAGCUGUGAUGUGGGAUACUAUGGGCCACAGUGCCAGUUUGUGGUCCAGUGUGCACCUUUGGAGGCCCCAGAGCUGGGUACCAUGGAUUGUAUUCAUCCUUUGGGAGAAUUCAACUUUCGGUCACAUUGUGCCUUCAACUGCUCUAAUGGAACAAACCUAACUGGAAUGGAAGAAACAACUUGUGGACCAUUUGGAAACUGGUCGUCUCUAGAACCAACCUGUCAAGUGAUUCAGUGUGAGCCUCUCACAGCACCUGAUUUUGGGACCCUGGACUGUAGUCACCCUCUGGCCAAUUUCAGCUUUUCCUCUGUGUGUACCUUCAGUUGCUCAGAAGGCACUGAGCUAAUUGGAGAGAAGAAAACUACUUGUGGAUCAUUUGGAACGUGGUCCAGUCGUAGUCCGAUAUGUCAAAAAUUAGACCAAAGUUUCUCAGGCAUCAAGGAAGGUGACUAUAAUCCCCUCUUCAUCCCAGUGGCGGUCAUGGUUACUGCAUUCUCUGGGCUGGGCUUUAUCAUCUGGCUGGCAAGGCGACUAAAAAAAAGCAAGAGAUCUCAGAAAAGGCUGGAGUGCAAGAAACAGAGUAUGUUUCUAGAGAAAGCCACAGCAUGGAUGACCCAUACUAAUCCACACCCUGGAGAUACUAAAGAAUCAUUGGAAAAUGACUUAGAAUCCUUCCAUGAAGAGUUUUGCAUAGUGAUGUCUCCUACAUCACAGAUGAAGUGUGCGUCCUUCAGUGUGUCUGGAAGGACAUCUAAGUGAUCAAUAGCCCCUUCUAUUCCCAGUUUGCUCCUUAUCACUCCCAUCCCUGGCCCACAGUUGUUGUUUAUAUAGCUCAAUCUUUUGUUAUCUUUCUGUAGAGAAACAAGACCGGGGAGGGGGAGAUUACCGUGAAAUAUAAAUAUAUCUGGUUUUGCUUUUUCCUGUCUCUUGUUUUCCAUUUCAAUUCAAUAUGGUCAUGAUAAUACUUCUAAAUAUUUUGAAAAUUUGAUACACAUGUAACUGCAGAUAAAUUUUCUUGCAGAUCAGA